AUGGCGGCCGCCGCGCUCAGGGCUCAGCUCAACGCCCUCGUCGACUCCAUGUUCACCACGGGUAUUGUGGACGAGGCUUUCCAACACCUGCGGUCGGUGGAGCAGGAGGGCUUCCUCGCCGAGGUCGUCAACCUCUUCAUCCACGACGCCGACAACAUCCUCAACGAAGUCGCCCACCUGCUGAACCAGCCCGUGGUGAACUUCAGCAGGGUGGGCGCACUGGUGCAUCAGCUAAAGGGGUGCAGCGGCAGUGUUGGUGCUAAGAAAGUGAAUCUCGCCUGCACCCACUUCCGUCAGUCUUAUGAGGCAGAAAGUAAAGAAGGCUGGGGCAGCAGAUCACGGCCAUGGGUCCUCAGUAGUAGCAACUGA